AUGCCAAGGCGGGGCCGUGGUUUCGUGGUGAUGACAGACGCAUCAGGCACUGGCUUAGGGGGUAUUCUCCUCCAGAGGGGCGAGAACCAACAGCCAGCCUUGUGCGCCUGUAUCUCACAGGCAUUCACGGAGACGGAACGAAAAUGGAGUACGACGGAACGAGAGGCGUACGCGAUAGUGCGCAGUUUGGAGAAGUUCGCAGGCAUGGUGCAGGGCGAGCCCAUUGUCGUGGUCACGGACCAUAAAGCUCUGACUGCAUUAGACACCACGGAGCAAGGGAAACUAAUGCGAUGGAGGAUGAACCUCUGCGAGUACGAUGUGCAGUUUCAAUACGUGGAGGGCAACUCCAACCUUGUUGCGGACUGGCUCAGUCGACUCCAUCCCGAUCAUGACCGUUUACUAUACUGCCGUGACCCCCCCUCUAGCAUCCGGCAUGCUCAAGCAGACUCAGCCACCUCUGGAGCUUCAGGCUCUCCUGCGCCAGAGUGA